AUGGGAAAGCGUGUACUUGUAGGAUAUGGCAUCGACGUCGAUGCGGUCAGUGGCUGGAUCAACACUGAAGAUGGCCAUAUCCCUGAUUUUACCGACAUAUCGCGUGGCAUCUUUGGCGCCACCGUGGGAAUCGAUCGGCUUCUGAAAUUAUGGGACAAAUACAACAUCAAAACCUCAUGGUUUAUUCCGGCUCAUUCAAUUGAAUCCUUUCAGUCUCAGAUGAUAAAGAUUCGCGAUGCUGGACAUGAAGUCGGUCUGCAUGGAUAUACACAUGAACACGUGGAUAUGUUAACGGAGCAACAAGAACGCGAUGUUCUUGUCAAGUCAAUCCAAGUGGUUACAGCACUCACCGGAAAGCACCCGAAAGGAUGGACUGCACCGUCUUGGAGAACUUCGAGCCGCAGCAUCAAACUGCUGGAAGAGUUUGGUCUGGAAUAUGACCAUUCGUUUAUGCACCAUGACUCCCAGCUCUACUAUGUUCCAUAUUGUUUAGAUGGGCUGGUUGCCACCGACCUUUCAAAGUCCGCUGAACAUUGGAUGAAGCCGAUGGGAAAGCUCAAGGCCAGUACAAUCGUCGAGGUACCCGCCAAUUGGCACUUAGAUGACUGGCCACCAUUUCAACUUGAGGAGGGCCCGUCUCAUGGAUAUGUGGAUCCAGAUGUCAUCGAGCGACUUUGGAAAUCCCAGUUUGAUUUCCUGUACCGAGAGUAUGACACUUUUGUUUUUCCGAUAUCUAUUCAUCCUCAAGUCAGCGGAAAGCCUCAAGUUAUUAUGCUUCAUGAGAGGAUGAUUGAAUAUAUAAAUUCACAUGAAGGUGUGGAGUGGUGUACAUUUGAACAGAUGGUUGAUGAGUUCAAAGAGGGGAGGAUUGGAGGCGUCGAAGUCGCUGGUGGAGCUGAAUGA